AUGAACGGAUGCAACGAAAAAUCAAUAUCAUAUGAUUAUGUAAUAUGCGGUGGUGGGACAGCUGGAUGUGUUGUUGCUCGCCGACUAGCAGAAAAUUCGAAUGUAACCGUUUGUGUUAUUGAAGCAGGUCCAUCUGAUGAAGGCAAUGAUAUCAUAAUGGAUAUUCGUAAAUGGGCCGAGUUACUUGGUACACAGUUUGAUUAUAAUUACUCUAUUGAAGAGCAACUUUAUGGUAACAGUAAAAUUCGCCAUAGUCGAGCUAAGAUCUUGGGCGGUUGUAGUUCACACAAUUCAGUUAUAGCAUUCAUCGCUCCAGCCUAUGAUAUGGAUCAAUGGGAAAAAUUGGGUGCAUAUGGAUGGAAUUCUAAAACGACAAAAAAAUAUUUUAACAAAGUAUUUGAAAAAGUUAAUUUAGAAACUAUACCACCAUUGAAUUCAU